GAGGGCCGCGGACAGCUGGCGGUGCCCGCGGUUCCCGAGACCGGGACGCUCGGAGACGCGGAGACGCCGCGCGGGGCUGGCGCGGAGCUCUCGGGCUCCUCAGUCUCCCUCCCCUCCCCUCCCCGACGCUGUCUUCUCCCUCUCGGCCGGACCGGAACUAUGUGAUCCCGGAAGUUCCGGGGCCAUUGCUGUGUGGGAUAAACAGUAAUGGCGGAGGCUGCGGCUCCCGGAACAACAGCCACAACAUCAGGAGCAGGAGCGGCAGCGGCGGCGGUGGCAGCGGCUUCCCUCACCCCUAUCCCCACAGUCGCUGCCCUGUCCCCGGGGGCGGGAGGAGGGGUCGGCGGCAGCGACGGCGGCGGCGGCGGCUGGACGAAACAGGUCACCUGCAGAUAUUUUAUGCAUGGGGUUUGUAAGGAAGGAGAUAACUGUCGAUACUCUCAUGACCUCUCUGACAGUCCAUAUGGUAUAGUGUGCAAGUAUUUUCAAAGAGGGUACUGUGUUUAUGGAGACCGCUGCAGAUACGAACACAGCAAGCCACUGAAACAGGAAGAAGUGACCGCUACAGAUCUGAGUGCAAAAUCAUCCCUUGCUGCUUCCUCGAACCUCUCAUCUGGAGUUGGAUCACUUGCUGAAAUGAAUUCAGGCGAAGCUGAGUCAAGAAACACAAAUUUUGCAACUGUAGGAGCAGGUUCUGAGGACUGGGUGAAUGCCAUUGAGUUUGUACCCGGGCAGCCCUACUGUGGCCGUACUGCCCCUUCCUGCACUGAAGUACCCCUGCAGGGCUCAGUGACCAAGGAAGAGUCAGAGAAGGAGCCAACUGCGGUGGAGACAAAGAAGCAGCUUUGCCCCUAUGCUGCAGUGGGAGAGUGUCGCUAUGGGGAAAACUGUGUGUAUCUCCACGGAGACUCCUGUGACAUGUGUGGCCUGCAGGUCCUACACCCAAUGGAUGCUGCCCAGAGGUCACAGCACAUAAAAUCUUGCAUUGAGGCCCAUGAGAAGGACAUGGAGCUCUCCUUUGCUGUGCAGCGCAGCAAGGACAUGGUAUGUGGCAUCUGCAUGGAGGUGGUCUAUGAGAAAGCCAGCCCCAGCGAGCGCCGCUUUGGGAUCCUGUCCAACUGCAACCACACCUACUGUCUCAAGUGUAUUCGCAAGUGGAGAAGUGCUAAGCAAUUUGAGAGCAAGAUCAUAAAGUCCUGCCCCGAAUGCCGCAUCACAUCUAACUUUGUCAUUCCAAGUGAGUACUGGGUGGAGGAGAAAGAAGAGAAGCAGAAACUCAUUCAGAAAUACAAGGAGGCCAUGAGCAACAAGGCGUGCAGGUAUUUUGAUGAAGGACGUGGGAGCUGCCCAUUUGGAGGGAACUGUUUUUACAAGCAUGCGUACCCUGAUGGCCGUAGAGAGGAGCCACAGAGACAGAAAGUGGGAACAUCAAGCAGAUACCGGGCCCAACGAAGGAGCCACUUCUGGGAGCUCAUUGAGGAGAGAGAGAACAACCCCUUUGACAACGACGAAGAGGAGGUUGUCACCUUUGAGCUGGGCGAGAUGUUGCUUAUGCUUUUGGCCGCAGGUGGGGACGACGAGCUGACAGACUCAGAGGACGAGUGGGACUUGUUUCACGAUGAGCUGGAGGAUUUUUAUGACUUGGAUCUAUAGCAGCUUUGCGUGGCGCAGGGACUGGUCUGCGGAGCCUCAGACAGUAGCUGUCCCCUGUGCUGUGUGGCAGUGCGUGUGGCUCUCCUAGGCAGGCCUCUCAAAUUCCAGGUGCUGUCGUGAUCACUACCCAGGGCCUGCUCCUCUACCCCUCACCUUUCUUUCCCCAAGAGUGUGUUGUUUUCUCUGUUUCAAAAGUUACAAAAAUAAAUCUUAAAGUUA